AGCAAAACCGACUCUCAACCUUAGCGCGUGAGACACGCACUUCACUAAAACCCAGUGGAAUAUAAUAAUAUUGCCAGGUAGGUUUCCCGGGGGCUUUCCGAAAACCUUCGGCUCUGCUAUUUAUAUUGUUUGCUCUCUGCUUCUCUCCAAACCUGCGACCCCAAGAUUUUCUUUUUUCUUUUCUCUCUGGAAAAUUCGUGCAAAUUCUAAGGCUUUGUUUGGUUUAAACUAUUUGGAAUAAGUUUUGUAGUAAAAUAAAAACUAUGGAAGUAAUUGAAACUCAAACAGCUUUUUCAAAUUUCGAUCUCCAGUCAAAUUCUCCGUUUUAUAACAUUUCCUCUUCGGACCUUCAGAACAAUGGGUUUCGUGGGGGCUCCAAACCGUCCGAUUAUUCGUCUAUGGAUAGUCCGAAAGAAGCAAGCAAAUCGGAUUCUCCGUCGGAGGAUAAUGGCGGUGGUUUUGAAAUGACGGUUGAGUCGAUGAUCGACGGUCGAGAUUUUUCGAGUUCGAAUCACGCUCCUGGUGGUGCUUGUUGUCAUUCCAACGCGGCGGUUAAGGUCCAGAAAGUUUACAGGAGUUAUCGGACACGGCGUAGGUUAGCUGACUCCGCUGUUGUCGCUGAAGAACUCUGGUGGCUGGUUUUAGAUUAUGCCAGGCUUAAUCACAGCACAAUUUCUUUUUUUAAUUAUUUGAAACCAGAAACUCCUGCUUCAAGGUGGAAUCGUGUUGGCUUAAAUGCUUCCAAGGUCGGGAAAGGAUUGUCCAAAGACGCCAAAGCACAAAAAUUGGCUUUUCAACAUUGGAUUGAAGCUAUUGAUCCACGUCAUCGCUAUGGGCAUAAUUUGCAUAUUUACUAUGAUGAGUGGUGUAAAGAUGAUGCUGGUCAGCCAUUUUUCUACUGGUUAGAUAUAGGGGAUGGGAAAGAAAUUGAUCUCAAAGAAUGUCCGAGAUCGAAGCUUCGACAACAAUGCAUCAAGUAUCUUGGACCUCAAGAGAGGGAGCAUUAUGAAUACAUUGUUGUUGAAGGAAAGAUUAUCCAUAAACAAACUAGAAGUGUCCUUGAUACAAUCCAAGGAUUGAAAGAGGGUAAAUGGAUAUUUGUUAUGAGUACCUCCAAGAAAUUGUAUGCUGGCGAGAAGAAGAAAGGAAUGUUUCAUCAUUCUAGCUUCUUGGCUGGAGGAGCGACAUUAGCAGCUGGUAGGCUGGUGGCCGAGCGGGGAAUACUAAAGUCCAUCUCUGCAUAUAGUGGACAUUACCGGCCAACGAAUGAUAGUCUUGAGAGUUUUCUAUCCUUUCUGAGGGAGAAUGGCGUGAACCUCAGUGAAGUUCAGAUUUGCCGGGCAAUUGAUGAUUCUGAUAGCUAUGAUGAAGGCAAAUCCAGCAGUGGUGGGAUUGCAGUUGAAUUUUCAACAAGCUCAGUUCCUGCUGAACCUGAAAUUGACAAUGAAGAGAAGAAUUUGUCAUUAGAAUCUUCUGAUCAACUGGAGACCACAACUAAUUACAAAAGGACUCUAUCUGGUGGUCUUCAGAGUCCUAGAGCUGAUGUGCCUAAAAAUGCUAUAUUGCAGAGGAUCAACUCGAAGAAGGCAGCCAAAUCAUACCAAUUAGGACAUCAGCUGUCACUCAAAUGGUCAACUGGGGCUGGGCCACGAAUUGGGUGCGUUGCUGACUACCCUCUAGAACUGAGACAACAAGCAUUAGAGUUUGUCAACCUAUCCCCAAGAACUCCUCACACCCCUUCACCAUUCCCGUCUCCAAGAACGCCACGUGCCCCUACUACACCUUCGGCAUACAUGCGUCUUGGUGGUCUUGCACCAACUGCAUCUUAGCCGACAUCCAAUGAAUCUAAUGCUGAUAGGACUUCUCUCAUCCGACUGUAAUAUACCAUUAGUUUAUCAUCAAGUUUUGUGCGUCUAGUAUAAUGGAUGCCCUAGUGAAUGCAAAUAUCUCAUCUGCUUUAAUGUCACUUCCGCAUUUUUGAAAUGGUAAUAGCAUUAUCAAGGUAUCAUCUAAUGCGUUUCAUAAGUAUGCAUUUGCUGUAUGUUCCACCAUGUUUUCUGA